UAUCUUAUUUAAUCAAAACAUCCGAAGCUAAAAACAGCAGAUUCAUCAGAUAACUCUAAAGAAAAAAAAAAACAUAUUACAUAUAUACACACAAUAUUACAUUUAUCGAUAUUAUUAUUACAAGUUAUGGCGUUUGAUGAAGAUAUGAAAAUGGCUUCUUUCUUGAGAGAAGAAGAAGAACAGCACUAUUCUUCGUUAUCAAGACUCUCCGUAUGUUCUCACUACGACGGCGACGAAGCCGACGACGAACCUUCUGAUUCCGACUAUAAACGUUUCGGCGGCGGCGGCGGAGGAGGAGAUAAUAAGUCUUUGGAGGAGGAGCUAAACUUUUCAGAUUCUGAUAAAGGUUCAACGGGUUGUCAGUCACUUCCGGCGACACCACCGAGACGGAGACGACGGCGCGGAGGAGGAGGAGGAUAUUUGGGGUUGAGUUCACCGGUCUCCGGAGAUAAAGCUUACGCUAGCGAGAACGAGGUUCAAAAGGAGAACAAGAAUCAGAGGAGGAGGAGAAGGAGGUUGAGACCGGAGUAUCCACCGUGGGUUGAUAGCAUGCGGAGGAGUUACGUCGGAGAUGAGCAUAGCGGUCACGGUGGUUACGGAGGAGGAGUGGUGGUUGUGACGAGGCCGAUAGGAGGAGGGAGGCCAUUGUGUAUGGAUUUAGGAGAAGUGAAAGCUUGUAAAGAUUUAGGAUUUGAGCUUGAACCGGGUCGGGUUUCGUAUUCCGGGUCAACGAUGGAUACUAGUAGUGGCGGCAACUCUCCUAUCUCUUCUAACCACCGCAUUUCGAGUCCUGGGGAUGAUCCUAAAGACGUGAAAGCGAGGCUUAAGGCGUGGGCUCAUGCUGUGGCUUUUGUGUCCACUACUCAUCAUCAACCUCCUAAUUCUUUAUGAUUCAUCCCUCCCAUACAAUUUUUUUGUUUUCAUUUUCAAAAACAUAAAAAAUAACAAAAAAUCAAACUUCCAAACAUUUUCGAGUUGCAUUUUGAGUAUUUUUUUUUUUGGUUUUUUGUAAUUUUUUUACAGAUUUUCUUCUAUUUUUUGGUGUGUUGAGGGUGAUAUUUUUGGCAAUUGAUGUGGACUAUACAUGUUCAUAAGCCAAAAAGUAUAGAGUUACUACAUUUAUAACUAUUAAGUUUGAUGAUUGGCUUCUCCAGCAUUGUAAUAUUCAACAUUUUACAUUAUUGAAAGAAAAAAAAAAAUUACUCUA